AUGGAUCCCGAAGACACUGCCUCAGAUAUAUCUGGCGAUGAAGCUGUGCCCCCACGUUUGACGGAGUCGCACCGACACCGAGCUCAAAAUGCUAUGUUCACUGCACUGCUCGAAGAGCAUGUUGUCAACGGACCCAGCAAUGGCCCCAAUGGGGCACAUAUCGAACUAUCUGAUGCGGAACUUUCAACUGCUCGUUUGCUCGCAAAUACAGAGCCCGGGGGUGGGGUCCUGGACCCUCGUGAAUACCAAAUUGAGCUCUUUGAAAGAGCACGGGCUAGCAACACAAUCGCGGUUCUUGACACAGGAUCUGGGAAGACUUUAGUGGCUGUGCUUUUGCUCAAGCAUAUCCUCCAAAUCGAACUCAACAAACGUGCAAGUGGCAGAAAACCUCGCGUCGCCUUUUUCCUGGUGGACAGUGUAACCUUGGUUUUUCAACAGUCUGCGGUCUUGAGAAACAACCUCGAUCAAAAAGUCGGUCAUUUUUACGGCAACCUAGGACCUGAUCUUUGGGACCAACAAACGUGGAACAAGCACCUUGAAAAGUACAUGGUGAUCGUAUGCACAGCAGAGAUCCUGAACCACUCUCUAUUGAAUGGCCAUAUAGGGAUUGACCAGAUCAACCUUCUGAUCUUUGACGAAGCCCACCAUGCCAAAAAAGAGCAUCCGUAUGCUCGUAUCAUCCGAGACUCCUAUUUGAAAGCCGAUCCUGAAAAGCGGCCCAGGAUCUUCGGGAUGACUGCUUCCCCGGUUGAUGCUAAGUGUGACAUAGCGGAAGCAGCAAUGCAACUUGAGACUCUCUUAAAUAGUCGAAUUGCAACAACAUCGGAUCUUGCCCUUCUGCGAACCUUCGUGAACAAGCCAAUAGAGGAGGAAUGGGUCUACGACAAGCUUCCUCCGCCGCUUGAGACCAAUCUGCAUAGGACUCUGAAAACCAAGUAUGGGGAUAUGCCAAUUCUUGAAGGCGCAUUUCGAUUUGCAUCUGUUGCAAGCUCAGAAUUAGGGGCUUGGUGCGCAGACCAGGUAUGGGCUCUGGCCCUAUCAGACGAAGUGUUACCCAAGCUGGAGGGCAGUAUCGGCAAAGCGAGCGAAUCUGAUCCUCAGGAUUCUGAAAAGGCUUCGGAGGAGAUCAAGCGGAUUCAAGAAGCCAACCAGCUGGUCAAGGAGUACAUUGCAAACCAGACAUUUACGCCUAGUGAUCUCAGCUCCAAAGUUGAGAUUUUGAUGAGAAAGCUGCAAGAACAGUUUGCGAAGUCUCCAGAUACCAAAUGCAUCGUGUUCACACAAAGGCGCAACACAGCUAAAGUAUUGUUACAGCUGUGCGAAAAGCUGCAAUUCCCAAACCUCCGUCCCGAUGCCUUGGUCGGUGUCCGCAAAGGAGAUGCGCUAGGAAUGAGUUCAACAUUUCGUCGGCAGUUUCUUGUCUUGGUCAAGUUCCGAAAAAGUGAAAUCAACUGCUUGUUUGCAACAUCGGUCGCAGAGGAAGGCCUUGACAUCCCAGACUGUAACCUGGUGGUUAGAUUCGAUCUCUAUGACACGGUUAUUCAAUAUGUCCAAAGCCGAGGCCGUGCCAGGCGCGCCGACUCAGUGUACGCAACCAUGGUUGAAAGUGGCAAUCGCAACCACAGCACGAGACUACAGGAAGUUCGAAGAGCAGAGCAUCUCAUGAAGAAUUUCUGCAACCUGCUGCCAGAGGACCGAAAAUUGUACCGAGACGAGCAUGAUAAUGGAGUGCUUAUUCACCAGGAAGAUCGGAAGAGAACGUACACUAUCACGAGCACAGGUGCCAUGUUGACCUAUCGCCAUGCGAUUGGUGUACUGGCACGAUUUGCCAGCUCAUUGGUAAGGGCCAAUUUGCUUCUGUUGACUUGCACCAUCAAGCUAACGGUGACAAAACCUCAGCAAUACGAAAAUGAGAUCUCGGCCUCGGUCACAUACAUUGUCAUGUCAGAAAACGAAUCAUUCAGCUGUGAAAUAAUUAUGCCGGAGAAGUCACCUGUGCGAAGAGUGCUUGGAUGCUCCGAAUCAAAGAAAUCACUCGCUAAGCAGUCGGCGGCUUUUGAUGCAUGUUUGCUACUUCGCAAAAGAAAUCUGUUGGAUGAGCACUUCAACUCCGUCUACCACAAGCGCCUGCCAGCGAUGCGCAAUGCUAAAUUGGCCAUUACUUCAAAGAAGACUGACCAGUACAAGAUGCGUACCAAGCCCUCAAUCUGGGCAAGGCAGCAGGGAACUAUUCCGACACGUCUGUACGCGACAGUUAUUCGUCUCAUUCCAUCAGAGCUUCUGACUCGAGCUCACGGAAGUAUCGUCUUGCUGACACGAGAGCGGAUUGCAGCAAUACCCACUUUUCCCGUCUUCUUGGAUGAUGAUAUCGAGACUACAGUUCAGUCUUUGUGUAUUGACGGGUGCCUUGAGGUUGCUUCCGAAGAGCUCGAGACUUUGACUGCAUUUACUCUUGCUGUGUUCCAUGACGUGUUUCACAAGACUUAUAAGCACGCCUCGGAACAGUUUCCGUACUGGCUUGCGCCUGCUCGAGGAGAUGUGGACAUUAGGACAUCAACAAGUCUCUUUGACAUGAUUGACUGGGCUGCUUUGCAAUACGUCCAAGAUAACCCCAAGCUUAUGUGGUCUACUGACAUGGAGCCGGAAUUAUUGCUGACCAAAUUUAUCUACGACGACUGGAAUGGAAAGUAUCGAUACUUCCCGCUGGCUAUAGACCCCAAUCUACGUCCUUCAGACCCACCCCCAUCCUACGCACCGUCUCGAAAAUGGUCAGACGAUAUCAUGAAUUGGUCCUUGAGUUUGAGCAAGAAUUCACGUCCAAAAUUCUUUGAUCGCUGUGUCUGGACUCAACCGGUCUUACAGGCAGAGUUGAUCUGUCUUCGGCGGAACUUUCUUGACAAAGCAGCGGAGGAAGAGAGAGCAUCUAACACGAGAUGCGUCAUUUGCCCUCAGCCUUUGGCUAUAUCGGCGAUUUCCAUGUCUGUGGCCGCAACCUGUCUUGUCUUUCCAGCAAUAAUCUCUCGAAUGGAGUCUUACCUGAUCGCCCAGGAGGGAUGCAAAAUGUUAGAUCUUGGUGAUAUUAAGCUCGAAUAUGCCCUGGAGGCCUUUACCAAAGAUUCGGAUAACACCGAAGAGCAUCGGAGCCUACAGAUUCACGUUCAGCGAGGAAUGGGAAAAAACUACGAGCGCCUUGAGCUGCUAGGAGACUCUGUGCUCAAGAUGGCAACAUCGAUUUCGCUCUUUGCUCAAAAUCCCGACGAUGAUGAAUACGACUAUCACGUCAACAGAAUGUGUCUCAUCUGCAACAAAAACCUGUUCAAAAAUGCAAUUGAACUGAAGCUAUAUGAGUACAUACGUAGUCGUGGGUUCUCUCGGCAUAUGUGGUACCCCCCAGGUCUCUCGCUUGAGUAUGGCCGAGACCACGCCAAAUUUAUUGAUAGUGAAGGCAAGCACUCCUUAGCCGAGAAGACUAUAGCAGAUGUCUGCGAGGCAUUGAUAGGAGCGUCGUUACUCUCAGGAGGUGAUUAUAAUCGUUAUGACAUGGCUAUCAAAGCCGUGACCGUCUUCGUCAACAGCCAGAACCACACGGCAACCUCAUGGAAAGACUACAUCUCUGCAUAUUCUAUUCCUUCGUACCAGAGCAGGGCGCCUGAUGGAUUCGAAAAGAACUUGACUCAGCAGAUCUUCGAGAAAGUAGGAUACAAGUUCAAGUACCCCCGUCUUCUGCGGUCGGCUUUCACGCAUCCAUCUUAUCCACUGGCAUGGGCCAAAGUGCCUUGCUACCAGCGGCUCGAGUUCUUGGGCGAUGCACUCUUGGAUAUGGUGUGCGUGGAGCACUUGUUCCAUCGGUUCCCCAACCGAGAUCCGCAGUGGUUGACUGAACACAAGAUGGCUAUGGUAUCCAACAAAUUUCUCGGUGCUUUGGCUGUGAAACUGGGGCUUCAUCUUCAUCUUCAGCAUUUCAGCAAUCCUCUCAUGAUCCAAAACAGCAAAUACGCGGAGGAAAUUCAGCUUGCAGAGAGUGAAAGCAACGGAGAGGUAGACUACUGGCUUUCGACGUCGGAUUCUCCAAAGUGUCUUCCCGACAUGAUUGAGGCCUAUCUCGGUGCCAUAUUCGUUGAUUCUGGCUUCGACUUCACAGUGAUUGAGGCCUUCUUCCAAAGGCAUAUCCUACCCUUCUUUCAUGACAUGUCUAUUUACGACACAUUUGCAAACAGGCAUCCAACGACGUUCCUCCAUAGUCAAAUGACUCACAACUACCGAUGCGCCGAUUACUGCUUGAAAUCUGCAGAAGUUCCUGCCGUGGAGGGAGAAACUCCCAGGGUCUUCGCUGCGGUUAUGGUGCAUGGCCAAUCUAUUGCCAGCGCAGUGGCAUCUUCUAGUCGGUAUGCGAAAGUGAGGGCUAGCACCAGGGCAUUGGCUGUUAUUGAUGGAAUGUCACUUUCCGAUUUCCGGGAGAAAUACCACUGUGCUUGUCAAGGUGGACAGGUCGCUGUCGACCAUGCAAAUAUCGGAACGGCAGUUUGA